AUGCUACCAACCCCAUCCACAUCCCACGUAUGUUUUGAUCGCGUGUACGAACCAGCCGAAGACUCGUACCUGCUGCUCGACACGCUCUCCUCUGCGUCGGAGACUACAUAUUUGAAAGAACGGUUUGGAGAUGCAUCUACAACCCCGCCAUUGGUGCUCGAAGUGGGCGUAGGAUCAGGUGUCGUGCUGGCUUUCGUUGCUGCAAAUGCGCGCACCAUAUUCAACCGCCACGAUGUACUGACGCUCGGCGUUGAUAUAAACAGCUUCGCCUGCAAAGCUGCUUCCCAGACGGUUCGCGAUGCUAUCAAAGAACGGGAAGAUGGGCGCUCCGUCUUCAUCGACGUCGUGAACGGCGACUUAGCGAGUGCUAUCCGGUCACAUUCCGUCGACGUCUUCAUAUUCAAUCCGCCAUAUGUGCCAGCCGAGCUACCCGAUCUUGAGAGCCACGAGAAGUAUAACUCCGUGCCAGAGGGGAAGAAAGCGACAUCCUUCGAACAAGACUCGUAUUUGCUGGAGCUGUCUUACGCUGGAGGUGAGGAUGGUAUGGUGGUUACGAACAGGAUGUUGGAACAGGUACCAGAAAUACUUAGUACGGGUCGAGGCGUAGCAUACGUGCUUUUGUGUGCACAGAACAAGCCGGAAGUGGUCAAACAGCGGAUAAGAGAUUGGGGUUCAGGCUGGAUGGCGGAAACGGUAGGGUCAAGUGGAAAGAAGGCGGGCUGGGAGAAGUUGGUGAUCGUGAGGAUAUGGCGGGACAUGGUCUGA